ACUUGUCUCAACAUCGCCGACGGGUGGCGGAAGAGAGCAAAAACCCUAAUUUAAGGCCGUCGAAGAAAACUGGCGUUUGUUUUCAUCGGAACUAAUUGCUAACAGCUAACAACUUUUUCUCCACUCCAUGAAGCAAAAUGUCUGCUGCAGAUGAUGACACGGAACUCAGGGAUCUUGUCAUCCAGAACCUGGAGAACAACGGAGUUCUAAACAAGCUAAAGGCAGAAAUGAGGGCCGCCGUGUUUCUGGCCUUGGAGGAGCAGGACCGACUGGAGAAUAAGACCCCGCUGGUCAACGACCAUCUCAAGAAAUGUCUCAGCACCAAAGAAGGUCGUCUGGUGGCCGGUCUCAUCGUGGACUUCAUGCGCGUCUUUCACCUGGACUUCAGCCUCGCCGUCUUUCAGCCGGAGAUCAACGCGCACCCGAGCGGUCUGGACGGUCGGCGACUGCUGUGCGGCGAGCUGGGCCUUUCCGAGGCGGAGCUUAAUGCAAACUCGCCCGUGCUGCUGGAGUUCAUCCGAAGAGGACGACGGCAGGUCGUCGAGGGGCCGCCGGAGGAGAAUGGGCUCGACGUCCACAAGGACCCGGCAGCGGCCGCAGAGCCCGACCGGCAGACGUGCGCCUUCGACAAGGAGCCGGGGUCCCCUCUUCCCUACGCCGAACCGGAACUGCGGGAGGUCGAGUACGACUCCUUUUUCGAGGACCCGCCGCCUCAGCCUCAAAAGACUUACGGAUCGCUGGCUGCUCGCCGUAGCGGACCGAGUCCGGCAGGGUCACGGUUGGACGCGGCCUCGAAGGCGGAGGGAGAAGAAGUCGGAGGAGGAGAAGUCUCGGGAAGGAGCCACAGUCAGGCGGGGUCGACCUCGAGGGAGAAAGCGUCCCGAGAGUCGGAGCUCCUGAGCGGCGGCUCGCUCCAUUUAGACGUCGAUGACGACGAAGACUACGACGACGACUUCAACAGCCACCCCUCGAACUUGUACAAGAGCGGGGCGAGCGUCAGCGAGGAAUUUGAGGAGGGCUCCAUCGGUGGACCCGAAUGCAGCGACAAGCUGGAGGACACGUUGGACGUGAGCGUCUCGCAGCCCAGUGUCGGACUACAUGGUGCAAACUACAUGGAGGAAGUGACCUCGCCGCCAUACGCCGCUCCCUCUUCUUCCCUUGCACGCAAUGAGACUUGACUUCCUGUCAGUGGCAGACAUCAGGUGACAGGAAAUGCCCCGCCCGUUUGCCCGCAUUCCAUGACCGCCAGUACCCCUUCAACGGCGCUACUUGCCGUCAAAGAAUGUCACCUGACCUCAUUCUAGAGCUGGGUGUGCGUGUGUAUGUGGAGGUAGGUCAAAGGUCAAUCAAAAAAAAAGGUCAGGCGCCAGAGGGGCGGGAUGUCCCACGGGGGUUGGUGUCCAAUCACAGUCGGGCUUUUUUUAUUGUGUUCCUUUUGUAAGUGAAAGCAAAAUAUUGGAAUUGUAUGUCAAUGCUUUGUAACAUGGAAAAUAAACCUUGUCUUGAUUCAUGUCAAGUUUAUUUUUGAAUGUUUAUUUCUAUAGCCACGAAUGACAUGAACAUAUUUGAUAACAGUAAAGAAGGCAUUAUAAAAUCAUUUGAUAAAAAAGCACAAUGAACCCCCUGAAUUGAAAAAAAUCAUUGGUGGAAUACAUGAGUACAUAAAAGUAUUCAUAAUAAAUACAAACUCUUUUGAAAAUUUAAAUUGAAAAAUAUCAUUAUAAUUGGGGAAAAUCCUAAUUUAAAGAGGAAAAAAAAUACAUUCAAAUUUUAAAAUACUAAAAUAUACCUCAUUUCUUGUUAAAAAAUUCUAUUGUAUACAAUUGUGAUUUUUUAUUUAGGGAUUUUAUCUGAUUUAUAGCUGUAUUUUAUUUUCAACGUUUCAUAUAUUUUUUAAAAGCUCAUUGUCACUGACGGCAAUAGACAUCCUAUCCAUUUUGACUGUGAUUGCUGCCAGUCCACCGUCCAAUCGCUGUCGGUGACAGUGAAACACGAUCACUCAAUGUUGAAAUGGAUUUCAAUGGCAGUAGGGCUGCAACUAACGAUUAUUUUCCUAAUCUGAUAAAUGUCACUUCUUUCAAUGAUCUUCACAAUAAAUUAAUGAAGUUGUUUCCAGCAACUUGUAGGUAGCAACGAAGACAAAAUGGAUGACCAUUUCCUUCAAAUUCUUUGGCAACUAAUUCAUGAAUCCAUUAGUUGUUGCAGCUUUAUUAAGAAGCUAGUUUAGACAGAUAUCUGAAAUUGGCAAAAAAGUGAAUUGUUGUUUUCAGCAGAUUUUUUGUUCAUGUCCUACUUUUAUUUAACAAAAAUAUCAUGAAAAAAUAUUAUAUUUACAACUGAGUAGUUAUAUAUAGCGCAUGAAACGAUUACUCGAGUAAUUCGAUCUGAAAAAAGAUUCAAAUUCAAUUUUGCUGCUUUGAGUAUUUGUUUAAUUUAAAGUGGCGUUGUAAUGUUUUUUUUUUUUUCAAAGGUUUUGCAUUUAGUUUUAUUGAUUUGGGUGGAUACACUGCCCUCUAGUGGCAACAGUGAAUAUAACAACUCAUUUCACAUGGCUGAGUCCAGCAGCUCCCUGUUAAGUAAAACAUAAGCUAAGUUUUUUUUUUUAAUGCAUUCGUAAUUUAGUUCAUGGGUAUAUGUAGUGUUUUUUUUUUUUUGUGGGAAUAUGUGUUUAGAGCCUUGUUUAAAAAAAAAAAAAAAAAAAGUUAGCAAUUUAUAGCAAUUAAACCAGCAGACUUUUGCUUUGUAAGUUAGCCAAUUGUUCUUUGGUUGUACUUAGAUCCUCAUUUAUUUUUAUACCGUUUGAGGAUCAGCUGAGGGAUUUUGAUUUUAAUUUUUUUUCCCCCCCUUAUCCGAUUACUCGAUUAUUGGAACUAAAUACCGUAUUGGCCCGAAUAUAAGAUGCUGUUUUUUGCAUUGAAAAAAGACUGAAAAAGCGGGGGUCAUCUUAUAUUAGACAUGAGUCUAGACAUGAUACCCAUUCACGACGCUAGAUGGCGCCAGAUUAUCAUUGAAGCGAUGUUCUGUCAUGACAAAUCUCAGCUACUCUCAAGUUUAACCAGUUGGCAUUAUUUUAUUGCAAUGUUUUUCCUUAUUCAGAUUUGUUUAAGACUAGUUACAGUUAUACUUCACUUUGAUGGUUAAUGCAGGUAUUGCAGUUUUGUUGUUUGGUUUAUUUACAUUUCAAAAACCAGAAACCAUUCAUUUACGAACGUGAUUGCACUUUACAUAUUUAAAUGUUCAGAUAUUAAGAUUUGAAAGAGGCAAAAUAACAUGCUUUUU